GUGCACGUGAACUUUUUCCAGCAUGGACGACGAGCAAGGGGACGUAGACGCGCUGCUCGUGACCCACGCCGAGAGCAUCGCCGCCGUGCGCGCGCUCGUCCGCGACGCGCUCACACCCGAGUUUGACGACGACAUCUGGCUCAUGCGCUUCAUCAUGAGCAACGGCAGCCCCGCGGCCUGCGAAGUGCCGAUCCGAGACACGAUUCGCUGGCGCACCGAGCGUGCCGAGGUCCUUGGCCGCAUCCGCGCCGGCGCCAAGGCGCCGUGGCACGACGAGAUCACGAAAUACCAGGUGGUCGGUGACCACAAGUACACGUCACGGGGCGAGCCUCUCUUCUACGUGCGCGUCGGGCUCUGCAACGCCAAGUCGCUCUUGCGCAACGUGGCGUACGACGACAUCCUCGAGUACAUGCUCUUGUCGCGCGAGAGCAUGGUCAGCUACCUCGAGGCGAGAACGCGCGCGACGCGGCGGCUCGUGAAAGGCAUCAACGUGCUCGACUUUGCCGGCUUUUCGCUCACGACCAAGUCGGACCCGCGCUUCACCAAGCUCCUCGGCGAGUGCAGUCAGCUCGCGGAGAAGAUGUACCCGCAAAUGGUUGGUCGCUCGAUCCUCCUCAACACGCCGUCGCUCUUGUCGUGGAUGUUUCGCGUCAUCAAGCCGUGGCUUAACCCCGCGACGCUGGCCAACGUCGUCGUGUGCCCCGGCGGCGCGUCGCUGGCGUCGUGCCCGUACCUCUCGGCGUACUUGCAGCUCGACGACGUGCCCACGUUCCUUGGCGGUCGCUGCGCAUGCGACGGCAACGGGUGCAUCGGCAACAUUCCCAACUCACAGACGCGACCGCUCGUGCAAUUUGAUGCCGACGGGUGCGCGACGCUUCUCGCCGCCGCGCGUGCAACCGAGCGCAUCGAAGUGGCUGUCACAGGCGGGCGGCGCCUUCUCUACGCCGUCGGGGUGCCCGGCAAGCCCGUCGACGUGGCCGUGAGCUUCCGACCUCUCGACGCUGGACUCGAUGCCGUCGUGAUGCUCUUCCAGCAGCGCCUCAGCCACACGCCCGAGCUGCACCACGACUCGUGGACGGCAAGGAGCGACGGCGUCGUCACGAUUGCGUUUAGCAACACGGCGUACUAUGGUGGCCGGGCCGUCCAGUACCGCACCAAAGUCGUCGCAGCUGCCCCAGUGACGGAGAUCGCUGUUACCCCAGAGUCGGAGACCACGUAGACAAAUACCUCAUAGUCGAAUGCAAAUAUCAUGUUCAACCCAUCCGCCAGUAUGGCUCCUCGA